AUGGCUGAAGGUGCAGCAUCCAGUACCAGUCAAGACAGCUCACCCAACAGGACCAAAUUUUGUAAUAUGAAAGACCAUAUUGUCCCCGAUCAAGAGCCCAAGCCACCAGUUUUUGUCCGCAAACUUCGCAAGGCUGCGGUGGGAACUGGCUGUGACAUCCGCCUUAGGGUGUCAGUGGCAGGUUUUCCAAAGCCAUCGCUCACCUGGUACCAUAAUGACACUCUGAUGCCUCCCACGGAAACCCAAGACCCAGGAGGAUUGUGGAUACGGGACUGCCGUACGUGGGACGCUGGUUUGUACACCUGCGUGGCUGCCAGUGAGCUGGGGGAGGCCCGCUGCAGUGCUGUCCUUGCCAUCAUGGAUCUUGGAGAAGACUCUGAGACCACAGAGGAUGAGACCACCGAGCCACAGAUGGAACCCAAAGGAGGGCCGGGGAGACACCAAGACAAGACCGCCCGGGGAGGACCCUUAGGUGAAAGGGAUCGGACAAUGGACAAUAACCCUGAUGCUUCUGAUCACCGAGCUCCCCUUCCAGGCUCCUAUGAUCCCAUUGUGGAACGUGAGCUCCGGGCAUUGGGAUCCCGACCACCCGGGCCCAACGUAGAUCCCACAAACCCAUCAAGGAAAUUCAUACAGAACUCUCCAAACACUCUGGUUAUCACCUCACCAAAGCAACAGUCUCAUUCAGGCAAAGAAAAGGACAGAUCUCCCAGUCCAAAGGGGAUAAGUGCGUCUCCACUCACAUGCAGGGAAUCCGGGUCACAGUAUCCAACCAAGCCUCCUAGGCUUACACCGUCGCCCACAUCUCAGGUCAGCCCUCUUCUAAAGAAGAGAAAGGAAGAGAAACUGGCCAUUCCCGCCAUCCUGGUGGAAGACAAAACCAUAAAGACUGAAUGCGAUGCAAGCCAAAUGAGGAUUAAUAAAGAGAAAAGUGGUUUUGGAGAAGACCAAGGCGAAAGACUCGUCAGGGCUCCGGAUGUCAGGACCUAUGCCUGCUACACAGAUGAGGGGAACUUGAGUACACAGGAGGGUGUAACAACACUCAAUGGAGAUGCUUCUUCUCGGACAAAAACUGUCCAUUUCAAAGAGCCGCCUUCUUUCCAGGUGGGGCCAUGUGACCAAGAAGUGAUGGAGGGCCAGGAUGUUGUCAUCUCAGUAAAGGUCACUGGGCAGCCCAAGCCGAUGGUUAACUGGCUAAAAGAUAAGGUUGCAGUCAAGACAGCGGGACGGUUCUCCGUCAAGGAGGAGGGAGGGGCCAGUGAGAUCAGAAUCGUUUCAGCGCAGAGGUCGGAUGCUGGGCUCUAUUCUUGCCAGCUUGUCAGUGAAUGUGGAACAAAACAGGAGGAGUGCAGGGUUGAGGUUAAAGCCGCAUCACAAACCCAGCUGAAAAUCAUUCAAGACGUAAAAGAUCUCAUGAUGGAAGCCGGUGAGUCGGCCAUGUUUGAAUGCCACAUCUCCGGACCACCAGACGUGGAUGUGGAUUGGCUGUCCAAUGGUAAGCUGAUCCAGCCAGCGCUGCUUAACUGCAAGAUGCACUUUGACGGCCGGAGAUGCCGCCUGCUGCUGAAUUCAGUGCACGAAGAUGACAGUGGCACCUACACUUGCAAAUUGAGCACAGCUAAAGAUGAGUUGACCUCCAGUGCAAACCUAAAGGUGACUCCCUCCGAGGAGCCAUUGUUCACCCGUAAGUUGGACGUCCUGGAGGUCAUCGCUGGUCGCACGGCCCGCUUAGACUGCAAGGUGAGCGGGUCACCGGCGCCACAAGUCACCUGGAUGCACUUUGAGUCAAAAGUGGAGGAGAGUGACAAUAUUUGCAUUCUCAGAGAGGGGGGGCGCCAUUCACUUGUCAUCGCCAGCGUCAGCAGUGACACAGAGGGUUUCUACACGGCUGUGGCCCAGAACAUUCAUGGGAAGUCUGAAUGCACGACUGAACUUUACAUCCAAGAGCACAGGGUCACUGUCUCCUCACAUAUGUCCAAACUUGAAAAGAUGCCAUCCAUCCCAGAGGAGCCAGAACAGUUCGAGAAUGAAGUGGUGAAAAGAACAAUGCCAGACUUUGUCAAACCGCUGUCUGAUCUGGAAGUGAUUGAAGGCAAAGAAGCUGUGCUGAACUGCAAGGUAAUGGGCCUACCUGAUCUGGCUAUUACCUGGUACCACAAUGGCAAGCGCAUUGAAAGUACUGACGAACGCAAAAUGACUCAAAACGGGGACAUCCACAGUCUAGUCAUUCAGACUGCUUGUCAUGCUGAUGGUGGCGUCUACAAGGCUGUGAUUGCCAACAAAGUGGGAAAAGCAGCCUGCUACGCACAUUUAUACGUUUCAGAUAUUGUUCCAGAUCCACCUGAUGGCCCUCCGGUCAUAGAGGCUAUCACAGGAAAAACUAUCACCCUCAGUUGGAACAAAUCAAAGAGACUGGAGCCCUCUUACGAUCCUGCUUCUUUGUCAUAUGUGGUCCAGCAGCAGCCUCUGGGCUCCAUUCAGUGGUCCAAUGUGAUAUCCAACUUGAGGGAAACCAGCUGCACCAUCAGCGGCCUUUCUAAGGGGGUGCGCUACGCCUUUAGGAUCCUGGCAUCCACUGGCAAGACACUCAGCAAGCCUUCACCAUCCACUGAUCUGGUCCAGCUCAUUGACAGAGGACCUUAUUUGAGGAAAGCUCCAGUGAUCGUGGAAAAACCUGAUAUUGUGUAUGUGGUUGAGAACCAACCCGUAAACAUCACCAUCACCCUGAACCAUGUACAUGCCACAGUCACGUGGAAAAGGAGGGGUGUUGCACUGGUGAACAAACCAGGGGUGUGUGAGAUGAUCAUGUCAGAUGAUGAUCAACACACCCUGAAACUUCAGCGUCCCAAGGCCUUGGACGUUGGCCAUCUGGUGGUGGUGGCUAGUAACCAGUUUGGCAGCGACCUUUGCACACUGCAGCUGGUCAUGGCAGUUCCGCCAAAGUUUGAAACUAUCAUGGAAGAUGUAGACGUGCAAGCCGGAGAAACUUCCCGCCUGGCUGUUGUAGUCGAAGGGAAACCAGAUCCAGAUAUUCUGUGGUACAAGGAUGAUCAACUUCUCUCCGAGAGCAACUAUUACACCUUUGUGUAUGAUGACCCAGAAUAUUCUCUUGUGAUCCUCAAUGCCCGCACAGAGCACUCUGGUGUGUACACAUGCACAGCAAAAAAUCUUGCCGCGUCCAACUCAUGCAAGGCUGAGCUGACAGUUCACACAGAGCGAAAAGAUUCCAUUGAGCCAAUGGAAGAUGAGGGAACCAUUCUCAGAAAGAUGCGAUGCUUGACCGAUUAUUAUGACCUCCACAAAGAAAUAGGCAGAGGGACAUUUUCCUAUGUAAAGCGAGUGACACAAAAAGUGGGAAAAAAGGAUUUCGCUGCCAAGUUUAUAUCUGCACGUGGAAAAAGGAAAGCAUUGGCAUUGCAAGAGAUGGAACUGCUGUCUGAGCUGGACCACAAGGAGAUCAUUUACUUUCAUGACGCCUUUGAGAAAAAAAAUUUGGUAGUGCUGAUAACGGAGUUGUGUCAUGAGGAACUUUUGGAACGAAUGGCUAGGAAAACUACAGUCACAGAGCUGGAGAUUCGACAAAGUGUUCAACAGGUUUUGGAAGGCCUUCGCUACCUUCAUGAGAAAGACAUUGCCCACCUUGACAUAAAGCCAGAAAAUAUUUUGAUGGCAGAUGCCGGCAGUGACAAGAUCCGCAUUUGCGACUUUGGCAAUGCCAUCAGACUACAGUCAUCUGAGGAGCACUACUGCAAGUAUGGCACACCGGAAUAUGUGGCACCAGAGAUUGUGAACCAAAAUCCAGUCUCCACAGCAACAGACAUAUGGCCAGUUGCAGUCAUUACAUAUCUCUGCCUGACAGGAGUGUCACCAUUCGCUGGUGAAAACGACAGAGCCACAGUGUUAAACAUUCGCAACUACAACGUGGCCUUUGACGAGAGCAUGUUUUCUGAUCUCUGCAAAGAGGCAAAAGGGUUUGUGAUCAAACUCUUGGUGGUGGACCGACUGAGGCCGAGUGCCAUUGAGUGCCUUCGUCAUCCUUGGUUCAAGUCAGAAAGUAACAAGAGCAUCUGCACAACAAGGCUAAAGCAGGUUUUGUCUAGAAGACGAUGGCAGUGCUCCCUCAUCAGUUACAAAUCAAAGAUGGUGAUGCGGACAAUUCCAGAGCUACUUAACGACGCAUCUAGCCAUGUGUCAAUUGCCGUGGCACGACAUUUAAAAGAAGGCUCACCGCCACCUUCAUCAUCCUCCGACUCGGAUGCAGACGUGGAUGAACUACCUUUCAUUCCUAUGCCGCUAUCUAUGUUCUUCUCCGGUUCCAGAGUUUCCCUGAAUGAGAUGCCUGGGGAUGAACAUGUCACAGAGAUUGCUGAUAGAACUAAGGACAACUUUGACACAGCUGGUGUCGAAGGUGUAGCUAGUCAAACGCUUAAAGAUGAAAAACUAGACAAGGAGAUAAUUCAACAGAAGAAAAGAUCUCCACUUAAAAAGGGAUCAAGUACAGAGACAGAUGAGUCUCAGAUAAAAGCAAAAAGAUCUACCAUGAGGAGAGGCAGCUCGGCCGACUCUGCAUUACUCCUCCAUAUGGACCCAGAGGAGAGUGAUACUAAUAAGGCUAAUGAAAUGUGCAGCAAUAACCUGAAAAAGACCGUUUCUCUAGAAUUGCCUAACCGCAGUCCAAGUCCUGGAAUGACAAAGCUAAGCCAGGAGGAUUAUGCCUUAAAGCUGGAGCUCAUGAGACAACGGCUGCUCAGAGGAGGGAGCAUGGAUAAAAAGAUGAGCGGCCUGCGAGGACCCUUAUUUGAAACACUUGGCAUGGAAGAUGAAAGACAGACAGGAUCUCUCGAUCGUAAUCUGAGACGAUUCAGAGCGGGACCAUCCACACUCGUUAGGGCAGCAUCUUCUGAGAAUGCAGGACAGGACACACCAAAAACCAAGGUUUUUCAAAAAAGUUCUUCUUUCACUCAAGAAGAUUCUGAACCAAUGCCUCUUCAUCGUAGGUAUGGAGCUCCCUUAGAAAUCCCAUCUGUAAGCAUAGGCAGCAUUGAAGGAAAGAAACUUCAGGAGGCAACAUCCAUGUCUGCCCUCACAGAACAAACAGCGAUGGAGUCACCCACACGGCGCACCUCAUUUAUAUACCCAGCAGAACUAGUGGACCAACGGCAAAAACUGAACAAUCGAGAGAAAAGGACCAACAAAGAAAAGGUAAACAAAACAGAAUGUGAACCAAGAUCGUCCUCACUUGUUACUCCUUUAAUUGUGAUAGAAGAGGAUUAUGAGGCAGGAGGCAAAAGAAAAGAAUAUCUGGAUCAAAAAAUCAAUGAAGAGAAAGUAAAUAAGGACAAAGAAACAGAUGCUGCUGUGUGGUCAUCUGGAACAUCUGACAAAGUGUCCGGCAAGGUAAAAGAAGAUGAGCCCAAAGACAUCACUACUUCACCUCAACAUCCGGCAGUAUUUGCCAAGGUGGCAACUGCCGACCAAGCUUUAGCUCAGUUAUCCUCAUCUUCAAAUCCAGCAGUUUUUAGAAUGUCACACCACCCAGUGCUCCGAACAGAUAUAAAAGACAUUGACUCGGAAGAGGUCUUUGAAGCCAGAUUCAAGAAGCGGGAAUCAUCUUUGACCCGUGGUCUCAGAAAGCUAGCCAGAAACAAAUCAGAGGAAAAAUCACCUACACUGACCCGUAAGAUUGGUGGCAGAGACGACGAGGUUUACCGACCAGGGCGGGGUGGAGCACCUCUUGAAAUGGUCUCCAAAGGGCUACAGGAGAAAUCCAAAUCAGUUCAAGACCUGCGAGACGAUAAGGGGAAAGAAUCAGGCCUAAGCAUUAUGGGGAGGUUUUCAAUGCGAGGAAAGAGAUCAACAUCAGCUGAUAAACAAGUGGACAAGGCGAAAGAAGGAAAGUCUCAGAGCGCUCAGGAAAGUGCAACAACUAAACGUGUUACUUGGGCAAUUGGUCGUAGUAAAUCUUUGGACACAAAGGAGCCGGAAGCGAGAGAACAAACAAAAGUUGAUGAGUCUGCGGUAUCUGCUAUGAGGCGCAUGUUUGAGUCCAAAGUGGCUGGAAUCUCUGCCAAAAUAAGAAGCCAGUCUGAGGACAGGAAAAAUAAAGUUACAGAAGGAAGUCAAAAACAGCAGGAACUGAGGAGGCUCACAGAUUCUCCCAUCCUUGCAACACGACAAAUGUUUGAGAAAAAAGUCACGGGGAACCCAUCAAAAAUACGUAGUCUGUCGGACCAAAGAAAAGAGAACACAGAAGAAAAGAGGACACCUUUGUUUUCUCGUCAUCGGAACUCACAGUCUGAGGGGCGCAGUUUGAAAGGAAUGGAUCUGCCUGAGAAUCAGCUUGCAAAGCAAACAGGUGUAGGUACGUCGAAGGAAUCAAUCGAAUCUAGUUCCAGUGUUCAUUCAGAGAAAGAAAAUGACCGACGGUCUAGAUGGGACAGGUGGGGUCUGACCAAGAGCAAAAAGGAUAAAACACCUUCUCAGAAUGAGCUCAUUAUAGCCACCCAAAAAGGAGACACUUCCCAUUCUCAGAGGUUUGUCCGAUCCGCUUCGGACUUUCCGCCUGUCUUCCACAUCAAACUCAAAGACCAAAUCCUGUUGGAGGGGGAGCAGGUCACGCUCAGUUGCCUCCCUGCUGGAAGUCCACAUCCUGACAUAGAUUGGAUGAAAGAUCGGAAAGCACUGGACGCGGAUGACAGAAUCAGUUUGAUGUCCCAUCCAGAUGGAAGGCAGCUUCUUACCAUCCUCAAAUGCAGCCAGAGAGAUGCUGGGGUGUACGAAUGUAUAGCUACCAACCCCAUCGCUGCCAUCACCACUUCUUGUACACUGACAAUAGCUUUUGUUCCCAAGCGACCUGGAACCCCUGAAGUCCCCCAGACAUACAACAACACUGCCCUGGUCCUGUGGAAGCCAUCAGACACUAAACCACCAUGCAGCUACACACUGGAAAGAAAGACAGAAGGUGAUUCAACAUGGAAAACUGUUGCAACGGGAGUGGUUGACUGCUACUACAAUGUGACAGACUUACCACAAGAUGUGACAUUCCAGUUCCGUGUGUGUUGUGUCAACAAGGCAGGACAAGGGCCACACAGCAACUGUUCAGCUCCAAUUAAUUUGGACUCAUUAGCUGGAGUGGCUUUACCCGCGCUGGCUGUUGUUAAGACUGCAGACAUAACUGAUCCUUUGGUGACCACAUCAUGCCUCCUCUCAUCCACAUCCAUGACGACCAUCUCCACAGCUACCAUGACAGGGCAUGAAAAUGCAACUGCAUCAACCACAUCUUUUCCUCCAGCAGUAUUGCCAUCAUUCAAUGAGGCUUCCAGAGCCACAGCAACCUUGCCAUUGCCAUCUGCAAUAACAAAUACCCAGGAUGCUCCAAAAAUAAAUUACAAACUCCCUUCUGCACCGUUUUUAGCAGCCAAGCUCCAAAGUCCAGUCAACGUUGUGCCUCCUAUGACCCAGACCCCAACCACCAUCGUAACUCCUCCUUCAAGUCCCACCAAACCUGCUUCAACGCCCAUUUAUGUCCCCACUACCAUAGCUUCUAUGGCCCCAUCGCCAGCAUCCUUCUCCCCCAAAGUGCUCCAGGUAUCAAGCCUGAGCCCAAUUGGUCAAGGGACCUCCACGCCCACCAGAGGCACACCAUUAAUGCACUCGACAGCUCUGCGCCAAGGGGUUCCACAGAAACCCUACACCUUCCUGGAGGAGAAAUCCAGAGGUAGGUUCGGAGUCAUCCGUGAGUGCCGUGAGAACGCCACAGGCAAGAUGUACAUGGCCAAAAUAAUUCCCUACAGCCAAGAGAACAAAAAGGAAGUGCUGAAGGAGUAUGAGAUCUUAAAGUCUCUGCACAAUGAAAAAAUCAUGGCUUUGCACGAGGCCUAUGUCACACCACGCUAUGUCGUGCUGGUGGCUGAAUACUGCACUGGCAAAGAGCUGCUGCAUAGCCUCAUAGACAGGUUCCGUUACUCUGAGGAUGAUGUGGUUCAUUACUUGGUCCAGAUCCUUCAAGGAGUUGAGUACCUACACAACCGACGGGUGCUCCACUUGGACCUAAAACCAGACAACAUCAUGGUGACGAACCUCAACACCAUCAAGAUCACGGACUUUGGGAGUGCUCAAAGCUUCAACCCUCUCAGUCUCAAGGAGCAAAACCUAACUGCAGUUGCACUGGAAUACAUGGCUCCAGAGGUUGUGAAAGGCGAUGUAGUGGGGCCUCCUGCAGACAUUUGGACUAUUGGUGUUGUGACUUACAUCAUGCUCAGCGGGCAGCUUCCAUUUGAUGACAAAGAUCCUCAGCGUGUGAAAUCCAAGAUCCUUAUGGCAAAGUUUGACCCAACAAAACUGUACCCCAACGUUUCCCAAAGUGCCGCAGCCUUUGUGAAAAAGAUGCUCAGCAGUUACGCUUGGGCCCGGCCAACCACACGCGAUUGCUUCACACAAGCCUGGCUUCAGGACACUUACAUGAUGAAGCUGAGGAGACAGACUCUUACCUUCACCACAGGGAAACUCAAAGAAUUUGUGGUGGCGCAGCAGUGCCAUCGUGCUGAGAGCACAACGAAGCACAAGGUGCUGCUACGCAACUACCAGAGCACACCCCAGUUCCCGUCCUCAGGGCCUGGGCCACAUGUUCCUGACUCCAAGUGA